CUUUGGACUGAGGCCACAUCCGGAAAGUAUGAUAUUGUUGCAUGCGCACCAAAGAGGAUCCCAACCAAAAAUUUCAAAGAGCUACUCGAAACUAUAACCUUCCAAGAUCAACUAGGGUUUUGUGUCAUUGAUGAAGCACAUCUCAUCAUACCUUGGGGGAAUGGUUUUCGAGAGUCUUACAAAAUUCUGGGAAAACUGCGCUCCCUUCUCCCUUCCUACAUCACAUUCCUGGCCAUGUCUGGUUCCAUGCACCCUAUGACUGCA